AAGAACUUGAAUCAGCGACCACAGCCAUGUUGGAUGUAGCGGAACAUAUUUUAGACGAAAAUAAAAACACUGUAGAUACUGAAGGAAGGUCAUUUUCAUAUCAGUCUACACCACAACCUACAGCAACAGAAGACCAUGGCAGUGGUGAAUCAACAGAUCAUAAUCUUAAAGAACUUCAUCAAUCAUCAGAUAUAUUAUGUCGACUUGAGCAGAUAGAGACAACCAUAUAUUCCAUACAAGUCACCAAUAUCAAAUCUACAAAUGACAUAACAGAAAUAAAACAAUGGAGAGACAACUUCGUAACAGAACAGAGUGACAUGGGGGUAAAAAUUGAACAACUGACUAAAAAACAAAAACAGAACUUUAAAAACAUCAGAAAGCAAAUGAGUGAACAAGAUAACAAAGUAAAGGAGCUGAACAAAGAAUUUGAAAGUUUAAAAGAAAACGAAUCCAAGUCCAACAAAACACUAGAGAAACUGUCUCUAGAUAUGAAAGAAUAUGAAAAGAACUUUCUCAAAAUAAAUAAAGAAAUACAAUUUUACAUAGAUAAAACAGACAGUAUAACUGAUGAAAUUAAAAGACAUUCUGAAAUGAUUUCCUCUUUACAAGAAGAUAACAAUAAAAUGAUGGUCAAUACAUCAACCAAACUUGAAAAGUUGCAAUCAAAGCACAAUGUGAUGUACAAAGUCCUACAACAACGAUUGAUGCCCAUUGACAAACUGAUUCAAAUCUUUAACCAGAACUUGGAAAAUAGAGAAGGAAGAAUAAAUAAGAUUGACAAUUUUGAAAAUGCUUCUUCAAAGUUUUCCAAAGAAUUUCAGCUCAUCGUGUCACGUGUAUGUAACAGAUAUGCUUGUCAUGUACGGCUUCCUUAUGAGACACCUGUCAGUGAAGAAUCAAUUAUUUCAACAUUUCAUGAAGUACGUGAAUUUAACGGUCAACAUUUUAAUCAAACAACAGGAAAAUGUGUAUCACCACAUGAUGGUUUAUAUCUUGUCUGUGUCACUCUACAUGAAUUUGAAGAUAAACUGAUUAGAGUUGCUGUGUCGACUGGAGACGUGUGGUGGACGGCUAUAGAAGUGAAAUGUGCCGACACUAGCGCUGCUGGGUCAGCGGUUGUUGACAUGAAGAAAGGUCAAGAACUUUACUUUCAAGUGUCUGACGCAGAUCAAGGCGCAAAGUUAUCUUGGCUAAGUACUUUUACUAUCGUUAGUUUAUAG